AUGGACAGCAUUAACAACAACAAAUUUUUUUCAUUUCCCCACGAGAAUGAUGAAGAUAUAGAUGCUGAUGACUGGGUACCUCCGAAUGCUGAUCUUAUCCGAAAAAUGGUCUCACAGAUUGAACAUUACCUCUCUGAUGAAAAUUUGGCUAAGGAUGCUUUCCUUUUAAAGCAUGUAAGAAGAAAUAAGAUGGGCUACGUCAAUAUCAAGUUGUUGACAUCUUUUAAAAAGAUGAAGCAUUUGACAAAAGACUGGCGGGUCACAGCCUAUGCCCUACGCCAUUCUUCAAAGCUAGAGGUAAACGAGGAGGGAAAUAAGGUGCGUAGAAAAGAGCCUGUGCCCGAAUCUGUCCUUGCUCAGGUGCCAAGCAAGCUGCUGUUGGUAUGGAACAUCUCAAAUCCUGCCCAGUCUGAAGACAUGAAGACACCUCACAAGAGUACAAUAGAGGUGGCCAUCACGAUUCUGGAACCGUUUGGCAGCAUCACCACAGUGCGGGUCAACCGACCAGGCAGGGAGCUUCCACCGGAGAUUCAAAAGUAUGGAGACAGGUACCCUGAGCUCCUCACAGAGGAGAGCGUACUAGUGGAGUUUGAGGAUUUAGAAGGUGCUGGCUGCGCUUACCACCAGCUGUCUCAGUCUGAAGACAGCUUGAGAGUGCUCCUAGUGGGGAGAGCAUCCAAGAAGAAAGUUAUGGAGGCAGGCAAAAAGAAUGGUAAAAGUAUCUCUGUCCUGAACCGGCGCAUGGAGCAGCUGCAGUCCCGUGGAGAAGACUCCUCAGCCUGCAGCUCCUCUGAAUCUGAAUUUGCCUCCUCCUCACCGUUACACAUACCUCGCUUUGCCUCUGGCCAGGUGUGCAACAGCCCUUGGAGCAGCCCACGGUCCAGCCCCAGAUCUGCCCAUGUACCCCUGCCAGCCCCACGGGUGUCACCACUCUUGGCCACUGAGGUCUGUGGAAGUCCAGACACAAGUCCUGAAAUGGGACGUCACAACUUCCUAGACUGUUCACAAGACUGUGGCUCCCCCUCCAGAAGCCCCUGGGUGCAGAAGCGCAAGCUGGCUGCCAUCCAAAGCCAACCCUUGGAGGGGAUCUCCAAGCACAGCCAGAUGAAUGGAAAAAGGUUGCUAAAUGGAGACACAGUGCCACCUGGGAUCCUUCGCCUGCCUUACGGUCCAGACGGGAGCAAAGGCUUUCAUGCCAUCAUUGCUAGAAGACGACUUCAGCAUUCUAUCAAAAUAUAA